UGAAAGUAAAUGAAGACGGAAAGUUUCUUGUACACGUCUGAAAGUUUUACUGAAGCCCUAAAACAGCAGAUAUGGCUUCAGUCACAAGUUUAAUGGGAGCUGACUUUCUUUGUUCCAUCUGUCUGGGUGUGUUUACUAAGCCUGUGACGAUUCCUUGUGGGCACACCUUUUGCCUUGAUUGUAUCACGACGUACUGGCAUACUUGUGAUAAUGUAUUUCAGUGUCCACUGUGCAUGGAGAAGUUUUACCCCAAACCAAUGCUUCGGGUUAACAUUUUCAUUGCUGAGAUGGCAGAAAAGUUCAAGAAGACAGCGGAGAGAAAGUCUUGUAAUACUCCUGAUCAAGCAGAAAGUGGGAAAGUACUCUGUGAUCUAUGCACAAAGCCAAAGCUGACAGCCCUGAAGUCCUGCUUAGUGUGUUUCACAUCCUACUGUCAAACUCAUCUGGAGCCUCAUCAGAAAAUUUCAGCCUUAAAGAAACACAAGCUGAUCCCCCCUGUUAAGAACUUGGAGAGUAGGAUAUGCAAGAAUCAUGAUGAACCUCUGGAACUGUUCUGCAAAGCAGAUCAAAUGUUUUUAUGUGAGUCCUGUAAAAACAAAGACCAUAAGACUCAUAAGGUAGUGAGUCUGGAGGAGGAAGCUCAAAUGAGAAAGACCCAGUUGGGAAUAGAAAAGGCAGGCACGGAUCAGAUGAUCCAGGCUCGUCAGCAAAAAAUUCUUGAGAUUCAACACAUACUGGAGGCGAGUAGAAAUAAUGCAGAGGGAGCAGUGUCAUGCAGCAAGCAUGUGAUAACUGCAAUGGUGGAUUACAUAAAGAGAAGUCAAACCGAGAUGACUGAGGUAAUCAAGAUGAAACUUAAAAAAAUUGAGAAAGAGGCAAAGAGCUUAAUGAAUGAACUGGAUGGAGAAAUUAUGCAAAUCAAGCUGAAAAACCUGGAGCUCAAUGACGUUUCAGUAACAGAUGAUCACUUCACAUUCCUCGAGAACAUUCUUUCUCUUACCAUCUCCUCACCUGAGGUCAAAGACUGGUCUGAUGUGACCAUUAACAGUGACCAGUUUACAAUUCAAGAGGCCAUGGCCAAGCUGGAGACAACAAUUACACAUGAAAUAAACACCCUGUGUGAUCCUACCUUUAAAGAAAAGCAGCAGUAUGCUGUAGAUGUGAGGCUUGAUCCCGACACAGCAAACCCUUCUCUCAAUGUUUCUGACGAUGGAAAGCAAGUUGCAUGUGGGAACACUAAGAGGGAAGUCAGGAACAAGCCAGAAAGGUUUGAUCAUGUCCUUAAUGUCUUGGCAAAGGAAGGGUUCUCUGUGGGAAAAUUUUACUAUGAGGUUCAGGUAAAAGACAAGACACAGUGGGAUUUAGGAGUUGCAAGCGAGUCCAUCAACAGGAAAGGGGAUAUAAGACUGAGCCCGAAGAAUGGGUAUUGGACCAUUUGGCUGCGAAAAGGAAAUGAGUUAACAGCUAAUGCAGGUCCUGCCAUAAAACUACACUUGAGGGAAAUGCCUCAAAAGGUUGGGGUCUUUGUUGAUUAUGAGGGUGGUGAGGUUUCCUUUUAUGCUGUGGAUGCACGGGCGUGCAUCUACUCCUUCCUUGGAUGUGCCUUCACUGAGAAGCUCUUUCCGUUCUUCAGCCCCUGUUCAAAUGAUGGAGAUAAAAAUUCGGCUCCUUUGAUCAUCACUCCUGUCAUACACAACAGUUGAGAGAUUUUUUUAUUUUAUUUGCAGUGGAAGUCUUGUGGGAGAUCACAACGUGGAAUGCUGGAACAUUUUCUUUUGAGAAACAGCGGUCUGCCACUCUGUUUCAUCCAUCCAUCACUGUCAGUGCAACAUGUCACAGUAUGUCACCCAUCAGACAGACAACCGUAGAUCUCCAGCAGAGUUCCCACAUGCAGCUAUGUGGACAUUCACCAUGCAGAGUUCUGUGGGUUAGUCAUACAUCUCCCUCCCUUUUUAAUAGGCUGUCCAUUCAUUUGGAUGGAAAGCAGAUGCUCUCACUUGAAAACAUGGCUUCACAAAUGUCAAAGGUACUCUACUGUCUCAUAUUCAUGGAAAUGAAUUCAUUGCAUGAUGCCUGUUACUGUUAUACAGAAAACUUUGAUCUACUCAGAGCUUUGUUUUAACAACAGCAUCCAAUAAAAAAACAUGGAUGAAAAAAGGUAUUAAGUUUCUUUAAUUAGGAAAGAAACUCCAUAAAUAAUGUUUUUAAGUCAAGAAAUUACAUAAGAGAUGUGACUGAAGUCUGACAGACAUACACCAUGUGCACUAAUUAAAAUUAGCCACAUCUUCGAGAUGCAGGCUUUCGUGUUUAAAUGUAGUAAAUCUGUCCAAUUAAGAGACUUAUGCAACCGUUCAAGAGUACAGCCAGUUAAGAUCUUUUUGUUUUCCUUUGUUUCUCUUCUAUUUCAUGUGUUUUGUUUUGUUUUUUUUCCAAUAUGACACUUGUCAGCUGAGUAUGUGGCUUCUGGACCAAAAGUAGCUUAAAAUGUAAAAAGGCUAAUCAGAUUUCAAAAUGGGCAAAUCAUUUAAAUGUUGAAUCAUUAUUAAGAGCAGACUCAGAUAAUGGAAAUGACAGCACGCUUUGCUGUCAAUGAAUGUCCAAUAAUAGAUUUUUCUACUGUACUUCUAAUUCCUGUGUUUUGUAUAAUCUAAUAGAUCCUUGUAUUGUGAUUUUAAACAUUUAUAGUUGCCAGCACAUGGAGUUUAUUUGGGUAACAAGAUGUCAAAUACAGUUGAGGUUUGAUAAAUUCUUUCAUUGAGCUUUGUUCAAACGAUCUGAUCUUGCUACAGAAUGUAAAAUUGCUAUACUAGUUCAAAGCUAAAGCUGUUGGAUUUUCACAAAAAGACUAAACAUUUCUACAUUCCUGUCCUUACUAUGUUUCUACACUUAAAUACGUUUUUUUAUUUAUCAGCACAUCAAUGUCUUUUGUGUUCCUACACAAUAACACUCACUGUCCACGUCUCCCCAACGCUGAUAUGGCCCCAAACACUCAAACAAAAAAGUAGAGGUGGUGGGAGGGUGCUAAUCCACUGAGCUUCACGCAACAGAUUGCUAAUUUAACACUCCUGUGCCAGAUUUCCUACAUUGAUGGCACUUUUCUGUUUUCCCUCCUACUUGCUGUUCCUAACUUUUCCACUGUUCUCUCGCCUGUGAAUAAUAUGAGCUGGAAUAAAUGAAUAUGGUUAAAUUAAUUUGUUUAAAAAAAUAUACAAAAAGACAGUUUCAUGAGUUUGUGUGGUUACACAUGUUUACUAUUUCAAUAUUUACUGGUUGUGAUUUUCCGUUGUGUCACUUGAACAAAGCUACAGUAGGGAAAUAUAAUUUCACAAUGUAUAACAAGUGCUACCAUGUAUUGGUGAUGUGGAGAAACUUAUUUUAACUUUAUUUUCUGGUGAGUAAGUUGAGACUAAAAGUGUCAUUACUGAAGAUAUCCCUUUGAGCUUAGAAAAGCUUUGAAACAGCAAUUAUUUACAUUGUUUUCUGUGAUGUUUUUGUUCUUUUGAUGAUUGAUUUAUAAAAUGUCAUGCUGUGUGUGCACAGUGUGGUGGAUGAAUUGAAAAUGUGAUAUCCAAAAUGUAAUGUUUUACUGAAAGUUAAUGAGUAAAGCAGAGAAU